AUGAGACCACCAGAAGCGGUAACAGUCACCAGCUGCCUUCUUCAGGUAAUUCUUGUGAGUGGCAGCUCAGAGAGCAGCGACAGAAGGCGGCAGGAGAGGCAUCUGCAGGUGCUGGGUGAUGUGGUGUCCGGCCCAGCUCGAAGGAUGAGCCUGGCGCUGCAUUUGGACAGUUCUCUCCCAGCAGACCUGCGACAGGCAGUCCUCUCUGUGGAGGCGGUGCGGCGCACGCCCCACCUCGCGCUGAACCUCAGUCUCAGCCAUGAGCCACACAGUUCCUCCUCUUUUUCCUCCCCCAUGCUGCACGUGGUGCUGUGGUUCACUCCCAGCAGUGACCUGCUGCAAUCGCUGUGGCUCUAUUGGAAGCCACACAACUUGUUACUCUUCAGCAUGGGAUCAUCCCUCGGCACUGACGAACUGCAAAACGAGGUGCUAAACAGCAUAGAAAAGCUAACACUGAUCGGAGACCUCUCUGCCGAUGAAAAUCGAGGUUUUGACGCUCUGGGUGUGUUCACUGUGCGGCCCUUUUCCUCCAGUGGCGUGCAGCUCCUCGGCCCAUGGGAGCGUGAAUCCUUUAACAGCUGGGAGGCGCUGUUCCCAGACAGGUUCCCGUCCUUCGAAGGAUACACUUUUCAUAUUGCUUCCAGAAUAGUAGACGAGCCUUUUUUCUACUUAAGUGCGAGUGAUCCUCUGAAAGGAGACGGAGUGUCUGAGGAGAUGGUGCAAUCCUUGUCCACGAAGCUAAAUUUCACCUACACGACAACGACUGACUCUAUAGAUUCCAACUGGGGUGCCUUGAUCAAUGGCUCCUGGGAUGGUCUUCUAGGAAUGAUUGAAAGGCGUGAGAAAAACUUUACAAUAAAUAUUUUGUGGAUCACUUAUGAUCGCAACAAGGCCUUUGACAUGUCAGCGUCCUUUCAUACUGACGGAUACGGGGCCUUCCUGCCGCAGCCAGCACCGCUUCCACUGUGGACCAGCUUGGUGCGGCCUCUCGGCUCAACUGUGUGGUUCGCGGUACUCGUGUCGCUCCUGGCCGCCAUCUUCGUCACCAAGCUGCAGGAAGAUGUCGUGGCAUCUCGUAGCGGCAUAUACAGGAGGCGAGGGUUGGCUCGCGUUUGGCUGGAGCUGUACCGAGGACUGGCGAACCAGAGCGCUCCUACACUGCCGCGGACACCGUGGCAGCGAAUGUUUGUGGCCGUGUGGCUUUUCUGUUGUCUGGUCAUCACUGGUGCUUACACCUGCAACCUGGUGGGCAUCUUCACCCGUCCAGCUUACCCGAGCCGCCUCCGUAGUCUGCAGGAUCUUAUUGACAGUGACUUUAGACUGGCUAUUGUGGACUCGAGUAACAUAAUGCUGACAACCAUGAAGAAGAGUCGAGACCCGCUGUACGUGAGCCUGCGGGAGAAGACAGACAUAUUCCCAACAGAAGAGGAGUGCCUGCAGGCGAUGGCAGAAGACACACACGCCUAUCUGGACAGCAUUCCCUAUGCAAUACUCGUCAUUGAAUCUGUGCUGAAGGAGAGGGGCUGGUACAUGGUGGGUCAGAAGCUGGUGCCAAGUUCAGGCUCGUGGUUCUUCCCAAAGAGGACGGCAUGGAAAUAUAAAUUUGACGAAGGGAUGCAACAACUGCUGGACGCCGGCCUCGUCCGUCACUGGAUCCAGGUGAAGAAUGCCGAAUUGACGGAGGGCGGCGGCGACGGUAGACGACGGCGGGACUAUGGAAGGGACGGACCCGCCCCGCCCCUCAGCCUGCGGCACCUUCAAGGUCUGUUUUAUAUUCUGGGCUUCGCCUGGGUGGCCAGCGGGGCUGUCCUGCUGGGGGAGCUGCUCGCCCAACGCUACGUACACUUCAGUGCUUCUGCUCGUCCGUCCCUCUGA